UUUAACGAGAACGAGGCCAAACAAAAAAUGUCAAUAGCGAGUAUCCAUCAACAAAAAUGAAAACAAAAAAAGUUGAAAAUAUAUGCUUAAAAGAAAGCAAUUGGUUUUUGAAUAAAGGCCAUAUCCAUUCCUUCAAUUGCAUAUUCACAUAUGUAUCAUGAUGCAUCGACGUUUAGUGCAAUUAUUAAUUACUUUAAUUAGUAUAAUAGCGUUGGUAACAUCCUCACAUGUCCAAUCAGUAAGACUAACAGAAGAAUGUAUUAAAUAUGAACAAGGCGAUUAUAUAAUCCCAAUUCAAAAUGGAGAUCUUUCCUUAUUCACUGGUCCUAGAGAUUAUUAUACUAUUGCCGUGUUGACUUCAAGUGAUAGUAGACAUGGUUGUGAUGUCUGUCUGGAUCUUGAUAAAAUUGUCAGUAGAGUAGCUCAAUCAUGGUAUACUGAUUAUUUACAUACCAAUCUUUUAUUUUUUGUUAAGAUUGAUUUAGUCGAUGCUGCAAAUGUACCAAUAUUCGAACAUCUUGCUAUUCAAACCAUACCUCAUAUUUGGUUGAUUCCUCCCAAUUUAAACAUUGUUGAAGGUAAUGAAGUUAAUCCAUUUCAAAUAUUAGAUGAUUCCCAUUUUAUAUUCAAGAUUCCAACCGCUAGUUUUGAUGAACAAGUUAUGCAAUUUGCUCGAUUUGUUUCAGAAGGAUUACAAAAGAAUAUCUUAAUUAGACAAGAUAGUCCAGUGGCGACAUUUGCAAAGACAUUUGCUGUUACUUUGUUAGUGAUCCUUAUCAUUAAACGAAAGGGACCUAAUGGAGUUAGAACCAUUCCUAAGAGUAAGGUUAUCUUGUUUAUUCUCAUCUUUUUAUUAAUAAUUUUCAUUUGUGGUUAUCAAUUUACUGUACAACUGGGAGUACCAUUCAUAGCGAAGGGGAAAUCAGAAGAGAUUAUUAUCAUUAGUGGAGGUAGACAUUAUCAAUUUGGUAUUGAGGUUGUCCUUGUUGGAUUAAAUUAUGUUGCCUUAGCAUCCAGUUUAUUGGUGUUAAUUUAUUUGGGUCAAUAUAAUAUUACAUCAGAAAGUGUUAUUGAUAAUGAACAAUUAAAAUUCGGGUUAAUUUUAUUUUUAAAUGUGGGCUUAUAUGUCUUAUAUAGUAGUUUAACCAGUAUUGUGUUAAGGAAAGAUCAUGAGUAUCCUUAUGCAUUUACAAAAUUGUUCUAAAUCAAUUCAAUAACCCUGAUAUUCAUACAGUCAAAUAUAUAUAUAGAUCUAAUUAGUAUUGAUGAAAUAAAUCAAUUUACUGAAAAAUUA